AUGGCUGAUGAUAUGAAUAAAUCGGUUCGACCUAUUGACUUAAGUGCCAAAACAAGUGGUAAUGACUUCAAUGAACUACUUUUGCCAGACGAUGCUGCAACUUCAAUUGAGACAACCAUACCUUCUACACCAACAACAUCAAUGAAUGGUAGAUCUAUACAAUCGUCAAAUCAACAUAUUUAUUCUGUGAAUUAUUCAGCUUCAAACGUCGAAAUUUUGCCUUCGAAUUCGAAUAAUGCUAGUACCACGUCUGGUAACAAUGCUGGCAAAACGCCAAGUGAUAGAAACAAUAAAACAGUACAAGAACCUUCACCAUCACUUGAAACGAAUCCAUCUACAAUUAAUGAAAUUAUAUCUACUCAUUUGAAUACUAUUAUCUCUGAUUGUCAAGAAUUAUUUGCCAUGAGCGAUAAUGAUUUACAGACACUUACUAAGAACGAACUUAUUCAACGUAUCACUCGUUUGCGUCAACAACAUUUUAGUGAUACUACAUCGUUACGAGAACCUGGCAAUAAUAGGGCACAAGAACAAGACAAGAAUCCGUGCAUUGGUGCACGCAAAUCGACGUUUUUUGGUCACUGGAACGUUCGAUCGUGUCGACAACAAUGGAAGAAGGAACUCAUUGUCAAACAACUUUAUAAACAUCGUAUUCAAGUUGCUGCACUCAGCGAAACGUCUAUAUAUGAUUCUGGUGUCACUAAAAUCGACGACUAUACAUUCAUAUAUUCUGGCGCCUCAAGUUUAACGAAAACACGAUCUGCUCAUGGUGUAGCUCUCUGUUUUGGAAAACAAGCAAGCAAAUCAUGGAGAGAUGGUGGUUCUACAUGGGAAGCAGUUAGCGAUCGUAUCCUCACUGCUCGUCUACAACGUCACCCAAUCUAUAUAACUAUCAUUGCUGUGUAUUCUCCUAUCAAUCCUCCACCUGGACAAUCAACGGCAAUCGACGCUGCAGAUGCUUUCUACAUCGAUUUACAACAAACGCUCGAUAAAACACCAAAAAAUGAAAUGGUUCUCAUCAUGGGUGAUUUUAAUGCAAGAGUUAGUCAACAACAACAUCUUGAUGGAUUUAGUGUAGUUGGCAAGCAUGCAGUGGAUGAUCUAAAUGAAAAUGGACAACGUCUCACCGAUUUCUGCUCAAACAACGACAUUAUUAUUGCCAAUACAUUUUUCGAACACAAACCAAUUCAUCAAAUGACUUGGAUGCACCCGGGUAAUAAAAAAUGGCAUAUGAUCGAUUAUACUCUAGUCAAUCGAAAAUUCAGAUCCUCUGUAGAAGAUGUACGAGUCUAUCGAACAGCUGCUAGUGUUAUUGGAACAGAUCAUCAUCUCGUACGAACCAAACUUAAAUUCCAUCUGAAAAGUCGAGUAAAAACUACGCAAAAACAAUUCUCUGGUAGACUAAACACAAUGAAAUUACGUGAUCCUGUUUGUAUUCAAACUUUUCAAGCUGCUCUGUCUUCUACGACUACAUAUACUUCACCAACCAUAGCAGCCAACGACAAGUAUGUCGAAUUAUCUACCACCUUGAAAAACAUCAGUGAAAAUAUCUUUGGAGAUACUGGACCUCCAAGAAAGCACAAGGAAUGGCUCACAAAUGAAAUUCUCGAUAUAGUCGGUAAAAAGUCUGAAGCCUUUCUAUCAUGGCAAAAUCAUCGAGGUACUCGAAAUGAAAAGAAGUAUCGAACACAAUAUAAUAUUCUUCGAAAACUGGCAAAGAAAAAGGUUGGAGAACGUCAAGUGGAAUAUUGGGAUGCAUUGAGCCUGGAAAUCGAACAAGCAAUCAAACAACAUGAUCCUGCUACAGCUUACAGAAUGAUCCGAAGACUGAAAGGAGGAAAAGCCAAAAUCGAAGAAAUGCCGAUCUAUGAUAAACAAGGUAUCCUUCUCGUUAACUCAUAUGAUCGUCUUCAUCGCUGGAGAGAAUAUUUCUCUGAACUCUUCAACGUCCCUACAACAGCGGAUCCUGCAACUAUUCAAUAA